GCAGGGAGCAGAGUCUGCAGCCCGCCAUCUCCCUCAGCAUCUACACACCAUUCACUGAGGACACGCCCUCCGUGGGCCAGCGCCUGCUCAACUCUGUGCUCAACACCCUCAUCAUGAUCAGCGUCAUCGUGGCCAUGACCAUCUUCCUGGUCGUGCUCUACAAGUACCGCUGCUACAAGUUCAUCCACGGCUGGUUGAUCAUGUCCUCCCUGAUGCUGCUAUUUCUCUUUACCUAUAUCUACCUCGGGGAAGUGCUCAAGACCUAUAAUGUGGCCAUGGACUACCCCACCCUGUUCCUGACCGUCUGGAACUUCGGGGCAGUGGGCAUGGUGUGCAUCCAUUGGAAAGGCCCCUUGGUGCUGCAGCAGGCCUAUCUCAUCAUGAUCAGUGCGCUCAUGGCCUUGGUAUUCAUCAAGUACCUCCCGGAGUGGUCCGCGUGGGUCAUUCUGGGUGCCAUCUCUGUCUACGAUCUCGUGGCUGUGCUGUGCCCCAAAGGGCCACUGAGGAUGCUGGUGGAGACUGCCCAGGAGAGAAACGAGCCCAUAUUUCCCGCCCUGAUAUACUCCUCUGCCAUGGUGUGGACGGUGGGCAUGGCCAAGCUGGACCCCUCCUCCCAGGGAGCCCUUCAGCUGCCCUAUGACCCCGAGAUGGAAGAAGACUCCUAUGACAGUUUUGGGGAGCCCUCAUACCCAGAAGUCUUUGAGCCCCCCCUGCCUGGUUCCCCAGGCGGGGAGCUGGAGGAAGAGGAGGAAACACCAAUUUUACCCGAAUUGUCAGAAAUGCCAGCUUUUCACAGCCCAGAUGGCAGAUGGCCUAGCCCAACGGCCCACUCUUCCCACUGGCUGCUGGUUUUCCGAGGCAGCCAGUCCUUGCCCUGGAGGCCAGGGGGCGUGAAGCUUGGCCUGGGGGACUUCAUCUUCUACAGUGUGCUGGUGGGCAAGGCGGCAGCCACCGGCAGCGGGGACUGGAACACCACUCUGGCAUGCUUCGUGGCCAUCCUCAUUAAGGCGCUGCCCGCUCUUCCCAUCUCCAUCACGUUUGGGCUCAUCUUCUACUUCUCCACGGACAACCUGGUGCGUCCGUUCAUGGACACCUUGGCCUCUCAUCAGCUCUACAUCUGACGGGGGUCGGGCACGGGGCUGGCAGCCGUGGGAAGUCGUCAUGGGUGCCCUCGUAUAGUUCUACGCUCUAGUGCCAUAUAUUUUUAAGACAUUUCUUUCCUUAAAAAAAAAAGUGUCCUGUUUACUUGGCGAAGAGGAAGAACCAGCUUUUUGGUGCCAGUGGUUUUGUCACCUGACCACGGCUCACUGGCCAGAAGCGCCGGCGUUCAGUCUGGAGGAGCCCGGGACGGCUAUGCCACGUGGGGAGGACGUGGAGAAGUCGCCCAGCCCCACACCGCAGCCUGGGAUGCUCCGAGGGCCAAGGCGAAGGAAGGGACCAGGAGUUCAUGCUCGGGAUGGCACCUAGCACCUGCCCACUCCUGCGGGAGAAGAAAGCUGGUUUGCCCUGCGUGGAAUGUCCCCAACGCUUUGUCUAUGAUGUCAUCAUUAUUUUACUACCUUUAGAAAUUGAGUCCUAUUCUUGUUAGGCAGUUACUGUUGGGAAGUGGCUUAAUAUCAAUAAAUAGAUGAAUCCUCUUGGAA